AUGCACCAGAACGCCCAGGGCAUUGAUUACUCACAUUCACACCAAUACUUCUCCGACCUGAACAUGUCAAUGCAGCAUAUAAUCCCUAAUAUGGGACUGAUGGAUGAGAACAAUCCACAGUAUCUUCACGCUGCUCACAUGGUUCAUUCCCAUGCCGACAGUGAAAUCUCACUAGACGCUCGGAGAAUGUCGCAACCUGAUCUGCGAGUGCAGACUUCGUUGCGACCUCACACACCUUCACACCAAAUCCAGACUGCACAAUUUCCUCUCACACCACCCUUCAGCCAGCACACUCCAGCAAUGCAAUACUCACGGUCACUCCAACCAUCCCCUGCAUUGCAGUCGCCGUACCCAAUACCGGUGACGCGAGGACAAUCUCUUCGGGGGAUUAUCGAGAACGAGGAAUUCAAACAAGACUACAUGACAACGCCUACCAAUGCCUCGUUCGAGAUAGCCGAUAUGCCUGUGCCUGAGUCUCGCCGUCAGGCUCGAACACCGCCAUCACGACAACAAAUGGAACCGGUGAAAGUGAAAUCGGAAGCGACAUCAGUAGAAGACGACCGUGCAUAUGACCAAGACUCCGGAUGUCAUGCUGCAAAGCUCUCAGAGCAGGAUGUUCCAGUCCUAAGCUCUGGACACGCUCCGGCUGGCAGCACCUCCCCAGGAAGACCGGCUCUUUCGCCUCGUCGUAUGUCGAUAUCGGACCUCCACCUCGAGCCUGGCAUUGAGGCUUCCAUUGAAGAGACCAACAUCACUCUAGAUGACAUUGCCCAAUUCAUUGAAGGACCAGACCCUUCAGACAACAAGUGGGUUUGCAAGUAUGACGGUUGCAAUAAAAGAUUUGGACGAAAAGAGAACAUCAAGUCACAUGUGCAGACCCACCUCGGCGACCGACAAUUUCGAUGUGGCCAUUGCAACAAAUGCUUCGUCCGAGGCCAUGACCUGAAACGCCACGCCAAGAUCCACACUGGUACCAAGCCAUACCCUUGCCUCUGUGGCAACUCAUUCGCUCGUCAUGACGCCCUGACAAGGCAUCGGCAACGAGGAAUGUGCAUUGGCGCCUUUGAUGGUGUGGUCAAGAAAGUAAUCAAACGGGGCAGGCCCAGGAAACACCGGCCAGAAAUGGAUGAACGCCUUGACAAGGCGAACCGAACCCGACAGAAGACCAGUGAAGCCCAUGACCAGUACACAUCCUCUGCAUCAAGCUGCUCCAUCUCGAGCUGGGGGUCUCCACCAACUGAGAACAUGGACAACUUGAGCAUCAGAGGCGCAUCGCCCAUUGAGAGCAUGGCUUUGUUCGGCAUGCCACAACAAGCCGGUCUAGGCAUGGACCAGAUGAUGGGCUUCCCUCCUGACACCUUCUCCUUCACGCCGCCGGCUAGCCCAGGAUACUCCACGGGCAACAAGCCCAGUCCCUCGUACAGAGAGCUAACGCCGGCAGACCUAGGCGACAUCCCGGAGCUCCAACCCAACGGUGACUCGCAACUUCUGCCCGACCUCCCCACAAUGGAGCAGGGCUUGCCAAUGCUGAGCAACGGCAACGAUUACCCUGGUCAAAGUCUCCCCGAGCUGACCCAUUCAAGCUCCUCACCAGCGGCCGAUGUGGUCGCCUUUGACUUCUCCAGCCUGCCCACCAACUCCUCAAUCAGCAUGCUGUCCCAGGGUUCGCAGCUUCCACUAAAGCUGAACCCGGAGAGGAACGAGUUCGACACCUUCCUCGACUACGGCGGCAUGGAGAUGGGCUUGGACGCCUCGACCCAGGAUUUCUUCGCCAUGUGA